UGCAACGAAAUGUGGAGAUGCAUCACAUACAAAAACUGUAAGCGAAUUUUAAAAAAUCUACUUCCAGCUUAAUUUAACUUUUUUUUUACGCCAAACGUUAAUAAUUUUUUUUGAGUUAUUAAUAACAGCCGCUGGCAAACUAGAAAUACAUUUUAAGAUGCAUUUUUCUAUGAUUCCGGAACUAAAGCUCUGUCUAAGGUUACGUCUAAGGCUCACAAGGCAAAGUUUAAAUUGUCAAUUUUUUAAAAGAAAUUGUUUUAAAAUUUUUCAUCAAAAGAGUUUUGCGAAUGAUUAUCAUCCAGAUUUUGAUGUUUAAAUAUAACACUUUAACAUUGGUUAUUUUUCAUCGUCCGACUGGUCAGUUUAGAAUCCUCAAGAGUUAGACUGCUAUUCAACAUUAUCUUGCAACGAGACAUCUCAAUUUGAAUUAUCAUUUAAUCCGAAGAAAUAUAAUUUUGGACGUCUAUUGAACACAUCAGAUUUGUUCCCAGUAAUAUUUUCAUCUUUAAAUUAAAACUAAAAAGACACCCAUACAAAUUUAUUUGCCUCAGUCCAUCACGCACUUGAUUGUUGAAUAUUGGUGUUGAUUUUCAAAAGUGGAAAGUUUCAUGUUCCACGGCAAUGAUGUUGACUAUAUCUCUUUACACUUAACAGACUUCGAACAGGUGUCCUACCUUUCAUCACAGAGCAUUUUGUGUGACGCCUACAACAUGAGAAGGUAUGACUCCAACCUACCCCCACUCUUUACGUUUCUUUCUGAUUCGAGGGUCUUAAACUUACAGAGGCUCUCAAGUUUAAAAGAAAUAUAGUACCAUAAAAUAAUUUGAAAUGGUUGCAAAUAAAAAGACAUGGACACGCGCGCAUGAUUGAUUAAACAAAUAUUUAAACUUAUAUCUAAAUACGGUAUAUAAAUAUAUAUAUAUAUAUAUAUAUAUAUACCAGACACCACGCACUACCAGACACCACGCACUACCAGACACCACGCACUACCACACACCACGCACUACCAGACACCACUCGCAUGAUUGAUUAAACAAAUAUUUAAACUUAUAUCUAAAUACGGUAUAUAAAUAUAUAUAUAUAUAUAUAUAUACCAGACACCACGCACUACCAGACACCACGCACUACCAGACACCACGCACUACCACACACCACGCACUCCCAGACACCACGCACUACCAGACACCAUGCACUACCAGACAGCACGCACUACCAGACAGCACGCACUACCAGACACCACGCACUACCAGAGAGCACGCACUACCAGUCAGUACGCACUACCAGACACCACGCACUACCAGACACCACGCACUACCAGACACCACGCACUACCAGACACCAUGCACGACAAAUCAUCACAACAGCUUGUAAAUUAUCCUGUCAAAGGCCUCACAAGAGCUAUUGGAGGAUAUACUUCAUUAAGUUGAAAUGAAGAUAUAAUUUAUUUGCUAGAAGUGAAAAUAUAAUUAAUUCGGGUAGGUAUUUAAGUGAAGAUAAGAAAAUGAAAUACAUUUGAAACAAAAUAAUCUUAAGACCCCAGACCACGAUGAGUUGGUUGAGUCAGAUGUGCUCGAUUCACGAAUUCCCGCUUAAGAUUGAACUGCCCCUCAUUAAGUCAAUUUCAACAUUGAAUUGGUUUAACCAGUGCAAUACCCCCCCCCUCCCCAAACCCAAUUCUCCUGGCGCCUUUCUGCUAUGGCCAGGCAGACAACUGUAUAAUAUUAUGAAACUCCUGUCACCGUCACCAGAUAUAUAUCUAUGAAGUGAUUGAAAACUCAUGUCAUUGUGGAUAAGGAUGUCCUGCUGUAAUUGCUUAUUUUCAUCCGCAAUGGAUACUUUCUUAAUCCCUGUAUCAUCCUUAGUCGUAAAGCUUACAAAUACCUGUUUAAACACAAGCACUGCGAAUCCCAUAUUUUAAAACUCUAUUAUCAUCCCACGCAUCUUGUGCCUAGUGACUAGCAAUAUCCCGUUUUAGAACUCUAAUAUCACCCACCCCGCGCAUCUUGUUCUUAGUGACUGGCAAUAUCCCAGGACAAUAAUUUAUCUCAAGGAUGUUGUGGAAACAUGUUUUUAAAUUUCCUACCCAGGGGCGGAGCUAGUGGCGUUUCCUGUCACAAGAUCACCCCACCCGUCUUCGGCGUAAGCCCUGCCCUAUAUUUGGGUAAGUUGGCGCAUUUAAGGCAUAGCUUCCCUGUUACAACUUGCAAACAAAUAUAUCAAUUAAGUUAAAGGAAAAUAUUUUUCGAUUAAAAAAUGCUUCCCAACUUGCAAAUGAUGUCCAAAUUUUUGUGUCACACUCCCCAGAGAUCAGCACCCGUGUGGCCGUCGUGACGGGAACCGCCCCAGAAACAGGGAACCUUUACGGCAUCUCUAACAACGGACUGACGUACGUGGUCAGCACGGACUCUGGCGUCACGUGGAAGUCCCUGCAGGACGAUGACUACUCCACGGCCACGUCAAAUUCUAGUUUUAUUUGGUCUACAUUUUCAUAA